AUGAACGAUCGUCAACUGAUUGCUGAAGCUGAAUGCAUAAAUUAUUUCCACUUCUUGCUUGCUUUUAUGGAUAAGCAAAUUAAGCUUUGGAAAGCAGAAUAUGUAGAACGAUAUGCGAGAACGAUAUACGAUUUCAAAUUGCGUGAACAGUCAAAUGGACGGACCAUCCAUGAAUUGGAGAGCUUUAUCAAGUUGAAUCGAAGUAAGAAUUCUGUAGCGUUUGUUGAUUCUUUAAAUAGACUCGAAAAUUGUCAGACAUUCCUUCAUUGUCUCAUUUCUCCUAUUUCGAGACAACUCGGCGAAAACCAGAGUUGGGAUUUGACUGACUGA